GAGCGAUGGCGUCGGCGCUGGCGGGUGCGCUGGCGGGCUAAUCACCCUGCGGCGGCGGCCGCGUUCGGCGCCACGGCGGCGGCGAUUGGCAUGAGCAUCUCGGGCAAGGGGCUCGCGACGCUCGUGGCCGCGGCCGUCCGCGGGGCAGCGCAGGGCUCGGCGGCGAUGGGGGCUGCCGAGGUCAGGUGCAAGUCCAGGUCGGUGGACGAGGUCCAGGCGGUGGUCAACAUGAUUAGCGACAUGACGGGGGGUCGCGCGCACCGUCAAGGACGCAAAGGAGGUCCUGCGCAGCCUGGGGGCCCCCUGCCAGGCCGUGGCGGGCAGGCUAGGGCGUGCCUCCAAGCACCAGAAUGCGGCCGCUCACCAGGCGCACGCUGGCCUUGACGCGGCGGCGGGCCAGGUGAUCGCCGAUGCCGACCUGCAGGUCGAGAAGAAGGCGGAGCAGGCCAACGUGGUGUCGAAGCAAGUUCUGGAGGCGGGCCUGAAGGCCAAUGAGAAGCUGCAGCAGGCCGAGCAGAUGGCCAUGAAGGCAGAGGAGAUGUCCAUAAGAGCAGAGGAGGCGAUGCAGCAGGCCGAGCGCACGGUGCAGCUCGCUGAGGAUAUGGCCAUGAAGGAGUCGAAGCAGGCCGACGAGUUGGCGAAGCAGGCCGACGAGAGAACCAAUGCGCUUCACGGCCUCCUCAACUACUGCUCCACCUGCACAACACCCUCCUGGAGGCGGAGUUCAAGGACAACUUCGAGGACGGCGACAAGGAGAAUAUCGGGAAGGCGCUCGGUCAUACCCUCGGCUGGGUGGAAAAAAGGACCAGCCCGAGGGGAAUGUUACACUCGAGGGCAAGCAGAAGGAGCUAAAGGGCAUCGUCGACCCCAUCUUGACGAAGCUCGAGACCACCCUCGAGCAGAGGAUCGCGGACGACCUGGAGGCAGGCGCGUGGCGCGAGGUCGACCUCGCCCUCCGGGCGCUCGUCUGCGCCCUGAGCGUCCUGCAGGCGCUCCAGAAGGCCAGGUCGUCGGAGGGAUGAGGUCUGCGCGUCGGCGGGGUCCGCAGAGCCCUAGGCUCCCAGGUGGCGGAAGUGGCAGGGUGCGCCACCCUGGGGGGGCCCGAUUCUGUAGGACAGAGGCCCGCGCGCAAAGAGUUCCC